AUGGCUCCCGUCAACUUCUUCCUCCAGCUGAAAAACACUUAUUUUGGCCAUGCAGACAAGGACAAGCCCAUCAUCUCGCCUACCACAGCAGCCAUACUAUCGGUUCUUUGCACGCUGAUCUACGUGGUCCCUUUCUACCUUUUCUCCUCCACCAGGCCAUCGCCAACGCUAAACCGCGAUGCUCCCAGCGUUAUUCGCGCGCGUAUCCGGACCGUCACAUUGGCUUGUAUCAUCGGUGCCACUGGCACUCUCUAUCUGCUCGUCGGAACAGCGAAGCUCUCGGUAACCGACGCUCUGCAUAUGCUGGGCUGUUGGCCGGUUCGACCAUGGGACUUGUUUAGAUGCUUCGCCCUGACAUUGUUGUUGUAUGUCGGGCCGCUGUUUGAAAAGGUUUUCGUGGAGGGAGAGUUCGAUAACCUGCGCCAGCGUGGUGUUGCUGCGAUUAGCGAAACUCUUAGCAGCUGGCAGGGCUACAGGAACUACGUCGCUGGGCCUAUCACUGAGGAGGUUGUCUUUCGAUCCGUUCUCAUCCCCAUCCACCUGCUCGCCAAAAUCUCCCCGGGCAGGAUCGUUUUCCUGACACCACUCUACUUCGGCAUCGCCCAUGUCCACCACUUUUACGAGUUUCAUUUGACCCAUCCUCACAUCCCACUUUUGCCGGUCUUGUUGAGGUCCGUACUCCAGUUCACCUAUACCACCCUUUUUGGCUGGUUUGCCGCCUUUGUUUACAUGCGUACGGGCUCGGUCUACGCUUGCAUCAUCAUUCAUUCAUUUUGCAACUGUGUCGGUCUUCCUCGUUUCUGGGGCCGCGUGAGGAGACCGGAGGACUACUCGAUCCACCCUGUUGUCAUCCGUGGCAAAGACGAUACGGACCUCGUUCAGGCUGCGACACAAGGUCAAAAGCUGGGGUUGCGGUGGACGGUGGCGUAUUACCUGCUUCUGGUUGCGGGUGCAUAUGCUUUUUCGCGUGGGCUGUGGCCAUUGACUUUAUCAGAGGCGGCUCUGGCCGAAUUCGCGCACAACAAACACAGAUAG